ACAUUGUAUGAGUUUUGGUAUUAGCUGUAUUUUGUUACAGAUUGUAGUUUAAAGACUCAGACUCUUCCCCCAAGAGCUCUUGUGUUCACAGUAUUCAGUGAAGUCCAUCCAGUGUAUUUUCACUAUACGUCACCGCAUGAACAAAAUUAUAUGCUUAAUUCACGACUGUCUGCACAUCUGGGCUAAGUAUCAUAAUCUAUGGCUGUGUCUUAAACCGUAUAUACCAUACUAAAUAGCAUGUCAGUUCAGUACACCGCAAACAACGCGGUUACUAUUUAGAACAUACUGUUUAGUACGUUGGUAUGCGGAUUGAGACACAGCCUAUGCUUGAAAGUAGGCGCGUGCACAGACAGAGAAACACGGUUAUCCCUGAAACCUCCUGUAAAAACACCGGCUCUCAGAAACGCUGUGCUAAUACCCGGUUGAGAGAUGGUUGACAGUGCUUCAGCUGGUGAACAGCGUGAGGAUUUUUGUCGUGACAGUUUACAGCUCAACAAAGAUUUAGAGAAAAUGACUGAAGAAAUGGAGAAUAUUUCAGUGCAUUUGAGUUGGAUGGCUUAUGAUAUGGUCGUACAGCGUACUGACCCCCAGCUUGGAAAAUCCCUCAAGAGGUUGGAGGACGAAUACCUUCAUUGUGAAGCUGUUAUACUCGGCUUCGCGGACAAGAAGCAUAUAGAUGUCCACUCUGCAGUUGUAAACCAGAAGGCAGCCCAGGAGUAGAUGCUGAUUUGUUUCUGUACACAGCUUUCUGUUUCUGUUGUUCACUUGUUGUUGUCAUUGUUAUUGUAGUUCAUGAAAAUGUGUUAAUUCAGCACUUGGGGUUACAGGGAGCCUGUACAUUAACAGUUGAUUUGUUUUGUAAAAAACAAAAAAAAGACUUAAGUAACAUCUUAAGUCUCAUUGGAAUGGGUGUAAUCACCUGUGCACACCGGAAAUAAAAUGUGUUGGUUAAUUGUUUGGAA